GUGUGUGUGUGUGUGCGCGCGCAAGAGAGAGAGAGAGUGAGUGAGAGAGAGAGAGAAAGAGAAAGAAACAUUGCUCUGGACAUUUCAGUCAUUUGCCAAUCGAUCUGAAUUGGCUUUGUGUUUGGAUGAAUUCCCAGCAGUCAGGAUGGUGAAAAGCGCGGGUGUCGGAAGGGGCGGGCUGGACCCCGGGACGGUGGCGGCUGUGUCGUGGGUGGCGGCGGUGUGCCUGAGCGCAGGUGUCGCUGUGGCAAUGCAGGUGACCUCCACGGGACCCCAGACCAUUCAGAAGGCUCAGGGGGAGAAGGUCACCCUGGAGUGCCUGUACAGCCGUGGUCCCACGGACAUCGGAGAGCUGGACAUCGAGUGGUCCCUCAUCAGUCCCGACAUGACCCAGAAGGACACUCUGAUCCUGUCCUUCGCGGCCGGGAGGAAGUGGAUCCACGGCGGCCCCGCCGUCAUGAGCGGGCUGGAUUUUCGGGCGGGGGACCCCAGCCAGGGAGACGCCUCCAUAGUCAUCUCCGCGGCGGAGGUGUCCCACACCGGCACCUACCAGUGCAAGGUGAAGAGCGCCCCUGGAGUGGACAUGCGCAAAGUCACCCUGCUGGUCCUGGUGCGCCCCUCAGUCCCUAAGUGCUGGGCCGAAGGCGGCCAGUCAGUAGGGGGCGCUCUCUCUCUCCACUGCAAGUCCUCCCAGGGCUCUGCUCCUCUGCAGUACGUGUGGGUGAAGGAGAGCGCCGCGGGCAUCCACCCCAGCAUCACGCAAGACUCUAUCACCGGUGAGCUGCAUAUCAGCAACCACUCUGAGGCUCUGUCCGGCAUGUACAGGUGUGAGGCCAGCAACGCAGUGGGGAAAGAGCACUGCAGAUACACACUACGCGCAGAGAAACCCCCCAGCAGAGCUGGUGUCAUCGCAGGCACUGUGAUUGGUGUUCUGCUGUUGUUACUCAUCUUGGUGCUGUUGAUCUUCCUCCUGAUUUGCCGAUAUGGUAAACGGUGCAAGGACAAGGAGGUGGCCAAUGACAUCAGAGAGGACUCUCCACCCCCAGUGAGUCGCCCCCACAGCCGGAUCUCCAGCUUCCGGCCGGGCGUGGCCUACACCUCGGUGCAGUCUCCGCAGCCCUGGGGGGAGUCAGAGUUCAGCAGUGACCUCACAGACGCCAGCAAACUCAAAGCCCCGUCCUCCAUCGGCACGGGGGCACCCGGAAACACUUACGACAGCAGAUACGGGCACCCUGUCUGAGCACUGGGGCGGGGCGGG